AUGAGUGAACUCAGCAACAGCACAGAGUCUUGCAGUAUUCGGGUCGAAGAAGCUCUCAGAGAAGCACGAGAUGCAAAUACAUUGGACAAGAAGAUAACCUCGUUGUCUUCAGUGAGUUACAACUUCCUUUUUGUCAUUUCUAUAACUGUUGAAACCGACUAAUUUCAGGCAAUGCACCUUCUCACCGCCCCCGGCCUUGCGAAUAACGUUCUCGACAACUUUUUGACGGAAAUGCUCGAGUUCACAGAACUUGGAGACUAUCGCGUCAUAUGUCUCAUGAUUGAUUUUCUGCUGAAAGCGAGCUCGAAAGACUUCACAAUCUGCAACAAGACAGUCGAAAAGUACAGUGACUUUCUGAAGACGAACAACGCAAUUCCGAAGUACGCGAACGUCAUCAAACGAGUGGUUCUGGCGUCGACAAGUCUGUAUCCGAUUGUCCUAGAAUAUGCGAUCAACGAUAAGAACGAGAGAGCCGAGAGCUGUUGGGAUGCGUUCAAUCUGUUGAAGAACCGUAUUUGCAUGCUUGUGGACGACGGACACGAAGGAAUCAGAACGGUGACCGUCAAGUUUCUGGAGGCACUCAUUCUCUGCCAAUCGCCGAAACCGAAAGAGCUGGCGGAUCCAAAGUGCUCGUGGACUCACGAAGCGAACACUCGAUUCAGCAAGAUCUCGUUGCUCGACGUGCCGCGCAGUCACCGCUUCCUCUCCUAUCACAAAACUCAGAUAGAAGCCGAAGAAAACUUCACUGCGCUCCUCAAGCAGACAACGGUCAGCGUCAUCACAUCGCAGAACCUUCUCGCGGUCAUCGAAUCCCUCUGCAUGAUAACUCGUUGUCGACCGACUUGGGUGAAUGCAUUGCCACGUGUCUUUGACGUCAUCAAGGCUCUUCAUUCAAAUGUGCCGCCCAUGCUCAGCAAAGGACAAGUGAAGUUUCUGCGAAAGUCGUUCAAGUAUAAUCUUCUGCGGUUCCUGAAGCUACCGGCAUCUGUUCCACUUCAAGCGAAGAUCAAGACUAUGCUGACUGACUACUUGGGAGCAUCUUCCGGAGAGGUAAUGAGAUCGAUUCCAACGGAACUGAUCCAGAAGCCUGCUCCGCCACGACCUCCGCCAAGUUCGGCAGAGCCUAGUGCGAAGCGGCAGAAGAUUGAAAACGAGAUGUUUGACGAUUACGAUGAUGAAGAUGAGGCGGGUCCUUCAACUUCGAAGGUAAAGGACGUGGCGACGCAAGCCAUCGAGAAGACUGCCCAGUUUAUUAUGGAACGACUGGACCACGAGACAGUCCUCAAUCUAGUGCAGAUCUCGCUGCUCACGCUCCCGAAUGAAAUGCCCGCUGCUUUCGCCUCCUCUUACACUCCAAUCGCCGCUGCAGGAACAGAACCGAACCGACAAGAACUUGCGGAACUCAUGGCCGUUCAGAUGACUCAAAAAGAAAUCGGACCUGGUUAUGAGUGGCUGGUGGAGCAGAAGAAGAAGGAGCACGCGGCGAAGACGAAAGCCAGGAAGGAAGGAUUGGCCAUUCCCCCGACGCCACAUCACGAGCUCAAUGCCAGCCGAUCCGCAGUUUCUGCAGCAAAGCAGUCGACCGCUGAGACCGAGAAAGCAUCAUCGCAGCAAAAAUCGAAGAAAACGUUCAAUAUGAUCGAGGAAACGAGAGUGUUGGACGCGGAAGAAGCUGCGGAGAUGUUCGAUUUGGCAUUCAAUUCGGUUCUGCGCGCGGAACGAGGAGCCGCCGCCGGCGGAGCAAAAAAAGAAUAUCUACAGUUGGUGGUCAGACUGACGACUCGCUUCUGGGAGGAUUGCACUCUUUUUGAGGAUAAACUAAUUGAAUUCGUUCUCGCAGAUCAUAAACGUAGAAACGAUCUGGCUCUUUUGUGGAUGUGCGAGUUGUACGCGCAAUAUCAAGGUUAUUCGAACUGUGCACUGCGCAUAAAAGAAAUGAUUGCCGAAAAGGACGGGUUGACGGUGGCACAGAGACUGGAUCGUUAUGAUCACGCGAUGUGCAAGAUGCUGGAUACGAUGCUCGAACGGAACAUGGAGAAGGAAGCGCUUUCUUCAAAAUUAUUCUGGAAACACCACUUCUGA